AUGAGGUCCACCAACACAAUCAAUGGGCUCAAGAGAUGGUCGUCCAAACCCAAGCAUCUGCCAGAUAUAGACACUGUCAAGAACAUUCACGUGUACGACUUCGACAACACUCUUUUCUCGAGUCCUUUACCCAAUCCCCAAUUAUGGCAUCCUUCUACCAUAGGUCUGCUGCAGGCCUACGAAGUCUUUGCGCAUGGAGGGUGGUGGCAUAAUCCCGAUAUCCUAGCAGCAACAGGUGAAGGUAUUGAAGUUGAAGAGCCACGUGCAUGGAAUGGUUGGUGGAACGAGGUCAUUGUCCAGCUCGUUGAGAGCAGUAUGCAAGAGAAGGAUACGCUCACUGUUCUGCUUACUGGCCGAGGUGAGACCAAUUUUGCAGAGCUGGUCAACCGUAUGGCCAACUCGAAGCAACUCGAUUUCGAUAUGGUUGUGCUCAAGCCAGAGGUCGGCCCUAACCAGCAGCAAUUCAGCUCUACCAUGGACUUCAAGCAAGCAUAUCUGAGAGAUCUUGUUCUUACCUAUAGAUUUGCAGAUAACAUUCGCAUCUACGAAGACAGAGUGAAACAUGUGAAAGGCUUCCGCGACUUCAUGGAACGAUUCAACAAAUCCUUUCUAGCUCAAGUAGUUGAUCCCGCCCUCGCAGAGCGAAGUACAACAUGCACUGCCGAGGUCAUUCACGUUUGUGAACUGAAGUGUGCUCUUGACCCCCAGACUGAGAUCAUGGCAGUACAAAAGGCUAUCAACCAACACAACAGAGUUAUUAAGAGUGGUGCUCCUAACCCUACGCGAGCCCUCGAAAAGUUCUAUCGUAUACACGAACAAUUUUUGUAUUUCGGCUACCUAAUAAAUCAAACGGAUUCCGCUCGAUUGAUCACUCUGUGCAAUGCUUCAGCUCAUCUCAUCGAUUCAGGUGAAGUAAAGUAUAUGGCAUCAAGCAUCCUCAUUGUCCCUUACUAUCCGAGAAAGGACAUUCUAGAAAAGGUGGGCGGUAGAGGUACGAAGAUUACCUGGCAGGUAACUGGAGUCGCCAAAUUCGAGGAUAGAAUAUGGGCCGCUCGUGUGGCGCCAAUCAGCGACAAGCCUAUUUACACCCAGGACGAGACGCCCAUGGUCAUCCUCGCAAUCCGCAAGGGCUCAAGACAGAUCGACGCCAACAGAAUCAAGAAUUGGCAGCCACCUAGCGAAGACAAAAAGUACAUCUUUGAAACUGUGGCAGAGGACAAGGUCAUGCUGAAGCUUGAAGAGCUGGACGAGAACGCUGCUGUCGACGAACGCAACCACAGAGUACGUCUGCCACGGAACGUGAACAGCAAGCGCAAAUUUCAAGACGAAGCCGAUCCUAACAGAGAGAACCAGAAUGGACAGCAGGGUAGUCCCUCCUGGGCCUCAGUUGCUCAAAAUAAUAGACAUAACCAAAACCAGCAAGCUUCCGGAAACAGACACUUCAACAAGCCCAAAAACAACUUCAACAAGAGCAGAAGCCACCAACAAUUCAAUAAUAACAGUAACCCUACCGUCAACCCGAACGCUGUGCCUACACAACCUCAGAACUUGGCUAAUACUCGAAGGCAAAGAGGUGGAAAUGGUGGCAGAGGCGGGAGAAAUGGUGGGUUCGCUGGCUACAAAAGUCUGGAUGACUACAAUGGUGGUGGCUUUGAUGGUGCAAAUGAUCCUCCGAAUAAUAAUGCUGCUGCUGCUGCCUCGGGUGCUAUGAUGAUGGACUACUGA